AAAACAGUAGCAACUUUGAAGAAUUUAUGGCACGGUCGAUUGUUUCAUAAAUAAAUAUUAUAAUAGAAUUAAGUCGAAUUUCGGACGUGCACAAAAUUUUAAAUUGAAGUAUUUUCGUACAAAAUUUUUUGGAUGUCAGUUGAACUUGGAAUUAAAAAUAGCUAAUUACGUCGAUGAUAUACCAAAAAGGAGGGCUUUGUUUUUGAUAUAUGUUGUCUUUGUAUAAAAGAAUGGUUGAUUGUAAUCUUUGAUAUCAGUCGAUCAAGUGCCUUUUGUCAGUCAAAUAAUAGAAUCCAGAGUUUGAAGCAUAAUGUUGUUUAAGAUUACCAUUUUCACCCUUGCUUUCGUUGCUGGAAUUUUCGCCGAAGCAACUCCUGAAGCUAAACCAGCAAUAGUAGCGCCACUUGCAUAUACAUCUCCAGUGGUCGUUGAUGCACCUGUCGUAACAGCCACAAGUUCCCAAUUUAUCGCUAGAAAUUAUAACGGUGUCGCAGCUCCUGUUGCGUACACAGCAUACUCCCCAUAUGCAUAUGCUCCAUACGCCUACGCUGUUAAUCCUGUGGCACCAUUGAAAUACAGGACAGUUGUCUCUGCUCCGGUUAAAUACACAGCGGCUACUGUUUUAGUAUAAUAAUGAAACACGGAAUAUGAUCCGCAUUUAAGCGACAAUAAAUUAAUUGCUUUUUGUAAGCUUACCAAAAUGUCGUGUU